CUUGACACUUUGCUUGCCUUGUUGAGUCAUCGCUGAAAGCGGCUCAGAACCAUGCGAGCCUCUGUCCUGGAGCCUGAACACUGAAGCUCUCUGGGGAUUUUAAUUCCUCUUUCGCUUCACUCACUGCCAAGUCGGACUGAACGGACAGCGGAUAGGAGAAUAUUAUCGGGGCGAGAAGCACCGGAGGCUCCGCGGCAUCAGCGGGCGAACUUGGCUUCUCUGCCCCGCGGGGGGUGUCUGUCUGUCGGCUUACCGCUGCGUGCAAGUCCCGCUGACCACUUGGUGCUCCAAGCAAAUUUCGUGUCUUCAGUGGAGGUUCCAAGCUAUAACUAAGUCGUGCCGUUGUUGCUAAAUGUCUUUAUCGUCUCUGCGGGCUUUUCGUCAAGCAUCUGUGGCUCUAAUGUGACAUUUGGUCGUGGCACCGCGCAGGAUCUUCAUCAAGUUCGUGGCCCUCCAAACUCCUCCAAGCAGGACGAGAACAGAUGUAACAGUGACCAGGAAAGACCAGGACCAGGCUGGGCCGGGUUAGGCCAGGCAAGGCCCACCUUCCCUGAGCAGGUUCUCAAAGAGUUCCUCCUAGUAGGUUAGUCUGGAAACAUCCUUGGUCUGUCCAUGUCUUCAAUGCACUUCCCUGGAUGUUGGCAGCAGGAUGGAUUUGGAUGUUGAUCUCACAGUUUCCUAUUCCUCUCGUUGCCUUUUGACCCUUCCCUCCCUGCUCUUCAAAAGAAAGCCCCUUGCGCUCUCCCGGGGCUUCCCUAAACCCAGUAUAGGGUUCUACAGGAACUGUAGCUUCUCUUUCUACUAACUCUUAUACUGCUUUGAGAAUGCUCCAUUGCUGUUCCACCUUGGUUGAUUUUAUUGGAGGCUGAGGAGAAAUUACAUUUAGCAAACCUUUGUGGUCUGGGAGGAAGAAUGUCGGAAAGCAAUAGCAACGCAGUGAAAUUCAUUGCCCCGGCCCCUCCGUCGCUGAGCCCUCAGACCCCCCACAAGAAUGUGAACUGCUCUGCAAGUUCAGACUCGCAUGUAGUGGACAAGCUGGAGGGACACCCGGAGGUCCAACGACGGCGUCACACGAUGGACAGAGACUCCAAGACGGCCGAGCACCGCUUCUUCCGCCGGAGUGUCAUCUGCGACUCCAAUGCCACCGCCCUGGACCUGCCCAGCAAGGCAGCGGUGACGCUCACCUCGCUGUCAGACUGCAUGGGACCCCCCGUCAGCUUUUUGGUUUCUCACAGUGCGGAGCGAGACGUCCAAGAGGCAGUGGAAGGCCCCUCUUUGCAAAGCUUGCAGCCCGGGGAACCUCUAGAGGGGCAAAGCCAAAAUAUCGGGGUGGCUCACGUCGGACACACUGAUGGAGUGGUAAAGGAGCCGCCUCCGGCCGUAGUGGAUGUCAAACAAACGAGAGACCGGCAGGAGUUGGCCAAAGACGAAAAAGUGCACGAGUGCAGCAUCAGCAGUCCUACGGAGGAGAAGGAGCGAGAGACGGAGCUGGCCAAAGCACGCGCUGAGCAGAGGGAGGCCGAGAAGCGAGUGCAGGAGGACAUCGAGGAGGCCGAGACAAAGGCCGUCGGGACGUCGCCGGAUGGACGCUUCUUAAAAUUCGACAUUGAGAUCGGGAGAGGGUCCUUUAAGACGGUGUACAAGGGGCUCGACACAGAAACAACGGUGGAGGUGGCGUGGUGCGAGCUGCAGGAUCGAAAGCUGUCCAAGUCGGAACGGCAGCGCUUCAAGGAAGAGGCGGGCAUGCUGAAGGGACUCCAGCACCCCAACAUCGUGCGCUUCUACGACUCAUGGGAAGGGCCAUGCAAGGGAAAGAAGUGCAUCGUGUUGGUCACCGAACUCAUGACGUCGGGCACGCUUAAAACCUACCUGAAGCGCUUCAAGGUGAUGAAGAUCAAGGUGCUGCGUUCUUGGUGCCGGCAGAUCCUGAAGGGCCUUCACUUCCUGCACACCAGAGCGCCGCCCAUCAUUCACCGGGACCUCAAGUGUGACAACAUAUUCAUCACGGGGCCCACUGGGUCGGUCAAGAUCGGAGACUUGGGCUUGGCUACGCUUAAGAGGGCCUCUUUUGCCAAGAGUGUAAUAGGUACUCCUGAGUUCAUGGCUCCAGAAAUGUACGAGGAGAAGUACGACGAAUCUGUCGACGUUUACGCCUUUGGGAUGUGCAUGCUUGAGAUGGCGACCUCAGAGUACCCUUACUCGGAAUGCCAGAAUGCCGCCCAGAUCUACAGACGAGUCACAAGCGGAGUGAAGCCAGGCAGUUUUGACAAGGUGGCCAUUCCUGAAGUGAAGGAAAUCAUCGAAGGCUGCAUCAGGACCAACAAAGAUGAGAGGUAUGCCAUCAAGAUCCUGCUGAACCAUGCCUUCUUCCAGGAAGAUACAGGGGUCAGGGUUGAGCUGGCAGAGGAAGAUGAUGGGGAAAUGAUUGCCAUCAAGCUGUGGUUGAGGAUAGAAGACGUCAAAAAGCUAAAAGGAAAAUACAAAGACAACGAAGCCAUCGAGUUCUCCUUUGACCUCAACAAAGAUGUCCCUGAAGAUGUGGCGCAGGAAAUGGUUGAGUCUGGCUAUGUGGCUGAGGGCGACCACAAGACCAUGGCCAAGGCCAUCAAGGACCGUGUGUCUCUGAUACGGAAGAAGCGAGAGCAGAGGCAGCUGGUGCGAGAAGAGCAGGAGAAGAGAAAGCUAGAGGCGGAGCUACAACAACAAGAGGCACUCAAAGCAGCACAGACACAGGCGGAGGCAGAAGAGACUGAGACUGAGCUUCAACAUCAGCAGCUGGGCAUCUCACACACGGGCGAAGGAGGUGUGGACAGCGGCCAAGGUUCUUCGGUAUUCUCCUCCGACUCCCCUCAGCUGGGUCAGCUGACCAUGUCUUACAGCUGCCCGCCUUCCACACGCGCUCAUUCCCAGCCGCAAAGCCCGUAUCUCUCCACGCCUGGCGCCAGCACGCAGCAACACCCGGCCUAUGUCCAGCAGCCACAGCAGCAAGUGCCUGCGUCCCGCCGCCGUCGAAGCCGUAGCAUGUCUGUUUGUGUGCCCCCUUCUUCCUACUCCCUCGCCCCCGCCCCCGCCCCGAUGCUCUGCCCAAAGCAACCCUCCACCACUCCGCCGGACCUGUCCUCCUUCAACGGCUCCUCCCCUCCUCGCGCGCCGCGGGACACGUUUGCCGGGCGGCUCUCCAAAGCGCUGGAGACGCUCCUCCCUCUUCACUCGGCCUCGCCGCUGCCCGGCACCAGGCAGCGCAGGGCGAGCCUGCCCGCCUUGUUCUCGAGCCCCCAGCAUUCAAUGGCACAUGCCUACAGUGGAGGAGCAGCAGGAGGAGGCAGCCUCUCCUUCUCAGCAGUGCCCGACCCGCCCGCUAUUUUCUUCCCCCCCGUUCCGGAUCGCCCCGUCUCCUUUUCGCCCCCUCCGACCGCCCCACCGAAGGCCUACAACACCCAGCGGCGAAAGAGCACGUCCAUCCUGGAGGCUCACACCCGCCACUUCCAGCCUGCCUACCCGAGAUACGGCAGCAGCCUCCACCCCUUCUCGGGGAUGGAGGCCGUGGACGCCCCCUCUCUCUUCAUGGUCAAUCCCGGUUUCGCCGCAGCGGCUCAGAGACUCGGAGUCGGAGAGCAUCUGCAUCUCCCAGGACAAUCUGACCCAUCUUUCUACGGCUAUAAGGACCUAAGGGCAGAACAGGAGGAAGUGGUGAGAAGGCUGAGUUUAAAUCAAGCUGCCUUAUUGGACCAUUAUGAAGCCAUGGCGUAUGGCGGCUACACAAUGAGUGCACACCAGCUGGGCUUGUUGAACUUCCAUCAACAGAUGCAGGCAGCUGCUGCAGCCGCCAGUUUGGGCUACGACUCGGGUCCUCACCCAGGCUUCUUGCACCCUCACUUGAUGCAAAGACUGAGCGCACACAGUCCAAUUAACCAACCUAUUCCUGCUUCGUCCGCUGAUGUAUGCAACCCCGCACAGCAACACUCCACCUACCCACUGUCAGCACCACCGACAAUAAGCGACGCCCCUACAGGAAGUGCUUUUGAUUACCAAUUGGCUGCCGCCGCCGCCAACGACCCGAGUCUCCUGGCCUCCAGACUGUACAGAGCCCGCAGGAGCUCCAUGGACCUUCCUCUGGAAGAAAACACCCCGGCAGGCUCUGGCGGCUCCGGCUCGUACCCUCGACUCCAGCCCGUGACGGAGGAGCUGUGUUCCUACGUCAGUCCUGAGCUUCCUUUACCACCAGGAAGUCUCCUCCUGCAUAACACAUGCCUGAACGCCAAGGACCGAAGUCCAGAACCAUCUAGCGACUCUCUGGCCUAUUCCGAUGCGGGGGAGUUUCUGUCGCCUCCUCCUUUAUCCCUCCUCCCUCAAUUCGACACUUCGGCCGCUCAGUUCAUUCCUCAGUCGUCCUGCGCCGCUGUCUACGACUCGGCCAUCGACACCCAUGCUCAUCCGCCCUCCAUGCAGAGCUUUCUCCCGCCCACUCCAUGCUCAGACCUCUCACACGGGGGGGCGUCAGCGACUCUACAGGAGUCUCUGGUUGAGAGUACGUGGGCCCGACAUGGAGGGGCCGUGGCUGCCCAGCCCGACAUGACGUACCAUGAGUCAUUGCUGGCCAUGCAGGCCGCUAACCACACACUGAAGCAGGCUCAGGUUUCAAAUCCGCAGCCCGCCUCAGGAUCCCCGUUAUUGGGCCCCGCAGCCUCCCAGCCUGCUCCUCUGGUGACGUCCCAACAGGUGAUUGGGUCAAUUCAGUGUGUCAGUUCAUGGACACAGAGCCCCACACACACUUUGUUGCAGGCUGCACAACACAGUGUGACCUUGCCCACCUCCACCUGCCUCACUUCUCUUCCAGUGGCCUCGGCCCCUGCCCUUCCUCUUUCCCCUGCCCCUGCAUCCGCCCCCCAACCCUUGGCCACCACGGUGCCAAUCAUCAGUGUAGUCGCGGCUGAAGCUACUAAGCAGUCUGUCUCUCAGCCCUCGGAGUUGUCCCACUUUCAGCUCCAACCACCCCAUGCAUCCACAGAGAGUGGCUACUCUGAGACCUCGGGCCUGAGCGACGGCAAUGAGGGAGGAGGCGGGGGGCGCCAUGAGGGGCGCUCCAUCAAGCGACACCAGAGGCGCUCCGUGCGAAGCCGAUCGCGCCACGAGAAACUUGCUAAGGCCAAACUCAACGUCCUCAAUAUUUCCAAGCGCGGCGACAGGGUGGCAGAGUGCCAGCUGGAGACCCACAACAGCAAAAUGGUCACCUUUAGGUUUGACCUGGAUGGAGACAACCCAGAUGAGAUCGCUCAGAUUAUGGUCCAGAGUGAGUUCAUCCUAGAAAGCGAGAGGGAGUCAUUCAUCGAGCAGGUCCGAGAGGUGAUAGAGAACGCAGAUGAAAAAGGCCUGGAGAGAGACACCAGCGGCCAGAUGACCGGUGACAUGACACAGCAAAAUCCUGCUAUAUCAGUCCCCAUGCCAGACACGCUCCCAAGUGCCUCAUCACAGGUGGUGCACUCAGCAGGUCGCAGGUUUAUUGUCAGCCCCGUACCUGAAGCCCGGCUAAAAGAACCAAGCUUUCCCGCCUCUACCUCACCAUCUCUUACACCUUCAGUCGAGACAGUUGCUCGGGCAUCAGAUUUGAGCUUGUCCAAAUCUGCGGGCGCCGUCAGCCUCCAACAAGCCUUUUCAGAGCUACGACAGAACAAGACUCUUUUGGAUGCUGGACCGAGCACUGCCCCCGCCUCCAUCCUAGCCUCUUUCCUGUCCGCUCAUCCUGCAGCAUCCUCGGCCUCCUCACCGCCUCCUGCUGUGGAAGGUGCUUCUUCAGCACAGGAGGAUGCUUCUCCUUCCGCUUCCUCCUCCACUCUGACUGUGGUCAAUCAGUCAUUUCCCAUCCAAGGAAUGUCUCAAAGCCAAGAGGCGGUACCCACUUCAGUCCCUUCCACCUUAGCGCUCAGCAACAUGGCCUCGACGAUGCUCACAUCUCCUCCUGCCUCCCUUGUGUACUCAGCCCCCUCAGAAGUUCUGCCUGAUCAUGCCUCCGCCUCCUCCACCUCUUUCUCUGUUAUCCCAACUUCCUCCCCCUCCUCAUCCUCCUCCUCAGUGCAGUCCACCUCGGUGCACUCACAGCCGCAAACAACUGCCCUUUCUGGGCAGACGCACGCUCACUGUGGAGAAUGUGACGCCAGGUGUGAUCCGUCAAUGGAGUGCCAAAGCAAGCCGGACGACAUCCAAGCCCUGGAGAAGAAGCUGCGCUCUCUCUUCAUGGACCUGGGCGGAGGGGUGGGCUCCACCCAGGGAGACCUGCUGCCUGAUGCUACCUCUGCAGCCUCCGCCGAGGGGACAUCCUCCCCGGUGGGCACCUGCUCUACCUCCACAUCUGUCGCCCCCAGCCAGUCAGCCAAUCCUUCUCAGCCCCCUAUCAGUUUGGCGCUAGGGUCUCCUGCUCCCCCACAGCAGAGCUGUGGCACACCUACGUCAACUCCUGCACUAGCAGUAAACCCAGCCACCAACUCCAGUCAGACAACUCCAUCCAAAGCGCCGUUAUCCAGAGUAGCGGCUACCUCUACUUCUUCAGAACUGCUGCAGUCCCUGCCUGGGCCGUGUGUCACACAGUCCCAGCAGCCUUUAGAAGACUUAGACGCCCAGCUGAGAAGAGCUUUAAGUCCUGAGACAGUUCCUGGCACACAGUCACAGGCUCCUCUCGGUGCCAAUCUUCUGGCGGCACAAGCAGUUCCUUUCUCCUCAGAGGAAGACUUCACCUCAUCUCCUGCUGCUCCUUCAGGUGGAAUCCAACUUGGCAGAUUCCAGGUGUCGUUAGCCACGGAGGGGCCUCCAAACCAGCGCACAGAAAUCUUCUCUUCUUCCACGUCUUCCUCCUCCUCCACCUCCUCCUCCUCCUCUAAUCUCUCCAGCCCAGAGAACACGUUGCACAAAGGUUCUUCCACCCCUCUGAGAGCAGUAGGAGACGUUGUGGACGGACUCCCUCAGAGAACGCUGGAAGGAAACCAACACUCCACCCCCAUUACCUCCCCAUGCGCCUCACCCAAGUUUACAACCAGCAUUGGACGCUUCCAGGUCACGUCCAACUCUGAGGCUAAAGUUGGUCGAUUCUCCGUCAGUCGGACCGCAGAGUCCAAGCAGAGCCCUCCUCCCGCUCCCCAGGCUUCUAACGGGCCCACCUGUCCUGGAAGUCCAGACAUGGCCCUCAAAGCUACCCUGCCCAUUGUGAGCAACUCCUUCAACAACAACAACUCCUACAUGAGCAGCGACAACGACUCAGAUUUGGAGGACGAAGACUUGAACUGGGAGGUCAACUGCCUCCGAGAGAAACACUUGCAGGAGAUUCAAGCUCUUCACUCACGCCAGAAGGAAGAAAUUGACUGUUUGUUCAGCAGGCUGGGCAAGGUUCCUCCAGCUGCCCUUCUCCCUCCUGUCAUCGCCUCGGCAGCCAGGAGGAGACGACCCACCAAGAGCAAAUCCAGCAAAUCGUCCAGAAGCAGCUGCUCCUCGCACACUAGCAAAAGUCCACCUCAGUCAGGCAGCACUUUAUCGUCCCAAAGCUCCCAGCUAGCUCACCUCGCGCCAGACGGGUUAUCAAGCGAUGUCGGCGGCGCCCAUCGGCUCCAACCUCUCCAAUCCAGCGAGAAGCUGUGUUCUGCAUACACCAGCGAGGCGGCUCUCUGUGCGCCGAGCUUGUGUGCUCCCACCCCAGGCUGUGUAAAGUUCAGCUGGGGGUCGGAGCGUUUGGCCUUCAAACCUGGCGGCAGGAGGACGCGCUUUCUGAGUACGCCCUGCUUGGCUCUUUGGAAGAUGGUGAAAAAAGUUUGUCCCUGCAACCAACUUUGUAGGACCAACAGCACCAACACAGUAAGCGGUCAGAGUCCUGGCGGCUCUCAGAUUGUCAACAUGUCCGCCCCCCACCGGCGGAGAGGAACCUUCACAGAUGACCUCCAUAAGCUGGUGGACAACUGGGCCAGAGACACCAUCAACCUAUCACAGGGUAAGAAAAGCACCAAGCAACUGCAGCAGGUGCCAGCGCAGGGACACAACUACGAGUCGACCAGCCUGGGCAGGAAGGGCUCUGCACCGAGUCAGCUGACCGCUGGCUCCGCCCACCCCUCAUCCAACCCGACGACCAACCCCACAUCCACUACCUCUUUGGCUGCCGGGGAGAGCGCACCGUGCCAAGCCCCCACCUCUCCCGCCGCCCCCCACUUCAUCCCCUACGCGCCCGCCCCCUCCUACACGGCUCAGUGGUCUGGACCCGCCCACAGGCUCUCUGCUCCUCUCGUCGGGGCUCCCCUGCUGGUCAGCACCUCGCAGACGCUCGGGCCUCAGCCCGCCUCCACCGGGGCUCACGCGUUCGCCAUGAGCGGCACUCUGCAGAAGUCGGUCAGCAGCCCGGGGGGACCGAACAUGAGGACCACGUAGGCUUUGACCUUUUCCCUGACCGGGCUGGAUAUGAGGAGGAGGAGAGUUAGGAGUGCGAGUGACGCAUCUUACCUUUUCUGCUGUCUUUGUGUGAAUAUCCUGUUUGCCAAAAAGGCCAAAGAGUGAAACACAUCUUCACCUUUCCAGAUUUAAACGCGACAAAGUGCAAUGUGUGUUUGGACUUUAGGAGGCGCAGCGAGGUCAGAUUUUGGGUUUUCUGGCGUAAAUAGAAGUACUUGAUGCAGACAGAAGGUCAACCAGGAGGAGGCCCCUUCCUGCGCACAAAGCAAUAACAUCAUAAUGAACAUGAAUGUCCAAAAAGUGGCCUUUUCGUAACAACUCAUACUUUCUAUCCUUUUUUUUUUUUAUCAAGCUUAUUGAGAGACAAACAACACUGUGAUUAUUGUGGACGACAACAAGAAGAUAGGCCUUAAUGGACUACAAACUAAUGCUAGCUAUUACAGUAUUCUUACAUAGAAGACACUUUAAUGAUUGCUCUGUUAGAUGAAUGUGAAUGUACAAAGUUUUCACUUUCUAGUGCCUUGCUUACUUCCGCAUCUGCAAUUUCCUCCCAGAGCAAAAACACUGGAGAAGCACACGAGGACCACCAGAGAUUUAGAUCGUUAACUUACUUCUGUACUGUGAUGCCUUUUAUUUUUAUACUUUCACCCACUUGUGCUGCGUACUGUGAAAACUUCUGUUAGCAUUAGCUCACAUUCUCAUAAACUCACUUUUUUUUUUUUUCUAAAAAGUGUUCAAAUCCUGCAAACCCCUCUCAAAAAUACAUUCACCAGUGUUCGAUAUUCAAGCACGGAAUUGUUGACGGUUGACAAGUUUUAUGUUGUUUUAUCUGCUGUUUUAUUGAACUCUGGUUUCUUCUCUCUUUGACACAAAACGCACGUGAAGUCUCAUCAGCAGCCUUUAUCGCUUCAUGUGUUGCACUAAGUAGUGUUCAGAGCUUCAUAACAAAUAAAUACAUUUGUUACUUUAUUUGUAAAAAAUGAUAAUUAAUGAAUAAAAGUUUGUUUCAAUGAA